AUGGCCUCAACUCAACCAAACAGCUCUCCCAUAGUCAUACUAGUUGUGGUCGUCUGUGCCGGAGGCCUUGUCUUGCUUUCUUUGUUUGUUUUUGCACUAUACUGCUUCUUUCAGAAGAGGAAUGAGAGGACACAAGAAACCGACAUCAUACAUAUCGAUGAGCAUAAAAAGGGUAAGGAAACCAUUACUCCUGGUCCUUUUGGAAAACAAGCAGUAGCUAUAUCAGUUGAAGAUGAUGUGCAUGUAGAUGAAACAAGGAAGAAUGAGAAACUCAGCCAUGGUUCGCAAGCCGAAUCAUCUUCAGCUGUCAUACGUAUCGAUGAGCAUAAAAAGGGCAACGAAACCAUUGUCCCUGGUCCUUUUGGACAACAAGCAGUAGUUAUAUCAGUUGAAGAUGAUGUGCAUGUAGAUGAAGCAAGAAAGAGUGAGAAACAUGGUCAUGGUUUACAUGCCAAAUCAUCUUUAGCUGAAGCAAAUCAGCACAAUUCUAACAGCCAACAGGUUGGAACUUCUCCUGGUCAUCACUAG